AUGGUAGAUAUUGGCUUCAAAGCAAAAUGGUCCACGACUUUCCUCAUCAUCUUACUCAGCAUCUUUAAUGUCUUUGUGAAUAACUGGUGGAGCGUACAUAGUGCUCAUCCUCAAUGUAAUUUUCCUAGGUACAUAUGUGUUUUGGAUUUUUUGGGUUUGUGCUGA